UAAUUAGUUAAAAAAAUGGAAUAUACAAAAGACACUACAAGAUAUAACUGUCGUUGGGAAAACUGUAAUAAAAUAUAUACAGACCCCGAGCAUCUUUAUGGUCACCUUACAAAUGAGCAUGUUGGUAGAAAGUCUACAGGCAAUUUGUGUCUGACUUGCCACUGGGACGGUUGUGAAGUGUCUGUUGUAAAACGAGACCAUAUUACUAGUCAUCUUCGAGUUCAUGUUCCCUUAAAACCUCACCACUGCAAUUCUUGCGAUAAGGCCUUUAAAAGACCUCAAGACCUAAAGAAGCAUGAAAGAAUUCACGCUGAAGAACAUGAGCAGCCUUUAAAGACCCGCCCCAGUCGUUCUAGUACAACACCAAAAAAGCCAACAAAACCAAAACAACAACAACAACAACAAGAUAUGCUAAAAGUACCUAUUUCUCCUCCUCAUAGUUCUUCUGCUUAUUCUGAUGAUGGUUGGGUACAAUCUUCUACUUUAAGUGCUAUUUCUCCUUCUUCUGGCAACUACGAUAGUUUCAAUAGUCCUGUAUCUCAUUCAAUCAAACAAGAUCCUUCCCCACCUUAUUCCCCACCUCAUUUGAUGCCUGAUAAUGCUAUAAAUAACUUGAUGUUUUUUGAUGAUACAAACCAAAUGAAGACCGAGUAUAAUACAGACAUGAUCGAGAACCUUGAUUUAUUUCAAAAUUUAGUUGACAAUGGCUCUAUUAGUCCAACUUCUCUCAACAUGAAUUCUGAAGAACAACUCAACAAUUUCAACCUUUGGCUAGCCCAAUUGACUGAAAAUAUCGAUCAAAGCAAUGAACUGUCGUCAUAUGACUAUACUCCUGUACAACCUACCACCAAUUAUGCGGAUAUGCUACUCCAAUUCAACUCGAAUACAUUACCUGUCCAGGAACAAGACUUAUAUCCCACCAACAAUGAACAAGACACUUAUGUCAGAUCUUAUCCCAUCACCCAACCACAGCCUGUAGACUAUGAUAAACUCUACAGUGAUAUCUCCCCUACUUCUUUUGACUAUAACGCUGUUCCUACCAUGAAUGGCCAAAGACAUCAUUAUACCAGCACACCAGACAUCAUGAACAACAACUAUUUCCACCCCGAUCUUCGUACCGCACAAAGCUUGCUUAGUUCAAAGGACGAUAUUAAAUACAAACCAUCAAAAGAAGAAAAGACGACAGAAGUAUUUAAGCCUGUCAAGACAACACUAGUUGAAUCCAAAAAGAAUGUGACAACCAUGAUGAACGUAUUCACCAGUGCUGAUGGCUCCAGUAAGAAGAAAUCGGCGGCGACUUUAGCCGAAAAUGAACGACAGUCACCUCAUGCCAAGAAAAUAAACAAAGAUGUCUUGGACCUUUUGGUGAGCGAUAUCUCUGAGUUGACAAUCGAUAAGCAAGAUAAGGAACCUAUUUAUCCUGUCAACCAGGAAGAAGUAGUAGAUGAUAAAGUGCAAAAGAUAGAGAAGCAUCAAAAACUAUUGAAGCAAUUAAGCCAAUGGGUGAAUGAAAACUAUGCUAAACAGCAACAACAACCAACGCCAUCUGCAACCAAAAUACCUUCACCUGUUCAAGUCAAUUAAUCAUGUGUGGCAAGU